AUGACUCGUUCAGACCUGAGCAAAGACAGUUCCGAAGAUACCAACGAUCCCGGUUUCUACGCGAGGAACAACGGGGACCAGCGUCUUUUGAACCUCAAGGCGUUGGACAUGGUAGAGAAGGACUUGGACCACAUGUACGACAGAAACUUGCAAUUCUUGGACCUCGGCUGUGGCACGGGAGAUUUCACGCGCCGGUGCCUCCUACCGAGAUGCCCACCUUCCGCAAGAAUCGUCGCUGUCGACUCCUCCGAGGAGAUGCUGACGUACGCUCGCCAAAUGUUCGCACAUCCUCGCAUCGAGUACGACCGUCUGGACAUCAGUGGCGACGUCGCCGAUUUUGUCGCCAAGUACAGCACCUUCAAUCGUAUCUACUCCUUCUUCUGUCUCAACUGGGUUCGAAACCAGGAAGAAGCAAUGAAAAACGUGUCCAGUCUCCUAUCGUCAGGUGGAGAGUGUGUUCUCGUCUUCCCGGCCUGGUCUCGUUCAAGGAUGCCUUGGAUGAAGCUUGCACGUCUCGAUCGUUGGCGCAAGUAUAAAGAACUCUUCGAAAGCUUUGUGCCCAAAAGUCAGGACAUUGAAGAUGACAGCACACGGUUGUCUUAUUUACGGGAAAUGAUCACUUCAUCUCACAUGGAGCUUCGCAAGUGCGAAAUCCUGCUUUACAAGCCACUUGUGUGGGACGCUACAGCGGCUAUUGUGCAUGCUCACAGCAACCUACAUGGUGCCAACAAUUCAGCCCUGGCCCUCAAACCUGAGCAGCUGUGGAGCAUCUCACCGCUGCGGCGAUCAAACUUGCAAAGCAUAGUAGGGCGCCUAUAA